AGUGAAACACAUUGAAACUAGGCUUGUUAGGGUCAAAGUCAAACCAUGUUAGUGAAUCCCUUUGAACUUGGUGACUCUCAUAUCCGGGAUAUGGCUUAUCACACCCAUCUCAAUGAUAAUGCCACAUGCGAUACUCAUGUUCUUUACACCACCGUUUCCACUCUUUUAUACAAGGUUGCCAGAAACAGGAUCUAGCAGUUUCCAACCAGGAUUUCAUACCCUGAAGCUGAUUUCUACUCAGAUGAUAAAUGCAACAAGCGGUGUGCAAUAUGUGCACCAAACAACAAUGUGGAUUCUAGAACAACUCAAGAAUUACUCGUGGGACGCGAAGGCACUGCUGACGUUAGCUGCAUUUGCCUUCGAAAUUCACAGGAUUGAAUCACUGGAAUCUCCAUGGACAAAUGAAGUCCAAAGCACGUGGAAGGUCCCUCCUAUUGCCACAAAUUUAGUGGCUUGGGUAAUGGAAGCACUUGAACAUAUCUGGGAAUGGUUAAAACUUUCAUCUAUUGGUUACAACACAGAAGAUGUGCCUUCCUUGUCAGAUGCCUUCAAUGAGAUCCCCCUUCUUGUCUACUGGAUACUCGCUUCCCUUGUCGCGUCCGUUGCCAACAUUAUUGCUUCCUCGGAUUAUCAGUUAUCAGAUUUUAUUGACAGGCUUUCUUCUAUUGAUAACAAUCUGAAGGAACAUCUGAGCUUGAUCAAACAGGAAAUAGAUGGCUUUGAAGAUUACUUGCGACGUAAGGAAAUGUUUUCCCAAACUAAAGAUGGUGUAAGUAUGUUGAGGAAUUUGUGCGAACCUACGCCUGAAUUUCCAAGAGUUCAAGUGUAUGAUGGCAACACCAAGACCAAGAAAGGUUUUGAAGUCUUCAAGCAGAAACAUGUGUUAUUGUACUUUUCGGAGUUCAACUCGAUUGAUAGUGAGAUUUUGUUUUUAAAUUAUAUCCAUGUUAGACUCGAGGAAAAUCCAAAAGAAGUAAUAAAAGGUUUUAAGAAAGAGGAUUUCAAGAUUCUGUGGAUUCCCAUUGUUGAUAACAUGGAUGACAGCGCAAAGAUCAAGCUCAGAUUCGAAACCUUGAAGAGUUACAUCAGAUGCUAUGCAGUGGAGCACUUCUCCAAGUUACCAGGCAUUAGAUUAAUCAGAGAGAAAUUAAAUUACACUGGUAAACCCAUUAUGCCAGUGUUGACACCCAAAGGUGACAUAAUGAAUGAAGAUGCCAAGGACUUGAUCUUUCAGUGGGGGAUUGAAGCAUUCCCUUUCCGGAAAUUCGACGGCGAAGACCUCAGUCUGAAAUGGAAGUGGUUCUGGGAUGUACUAAAGAAAUUAAGUCUUGGAAUUCAGCUGGAGGGAGGCAAAUACAUCUUCAUCUACCAAGGAAAAAACAGAGAAUGGAAUCAGAAAUUGGCAUUUGAAUUGGAUAAGAUAAAGGCGCAUGAAACGAUCAAGAGGGCAGACUGUGUAAUCGAGCACUAUCAACUGGGGAAGAAUGAUCAUGGUGCCAUUUCUAGUUUUUGGAAAGAGAUAGAAAUCAAGAAAGAAACCAAGAAAGCAAGCAAGUUGCAUGAAGUCUUGGACUAUAACAUCCAAGACAAAAUGGAGAGCUUGCUUCGCCUCAAAAAUGACCCACAAGGAUGGGUGAUUUUGACCAAAGGUUCAAAUGUGAAGGUUCUGGGUGGCAUGAAACCUAAGUUUGAAACAAUGAUGAAUUUUGAAAUAUGGAAAGACAAAGUGCUUCAAAUAGAAGGCUUUGACAUAGCUUUGAAAGAGUACUAUGAUGCUCAAGCUGAAGAUGAUGCUGCAGAAGAAGUAAAGCCAACACCACCUAAUGGAAAAAUGCCUAUCAUCAGAGAACCACCUAAUGGAGAAAAGCCACAACAGACUAUCUUCAUAAAACCACCUAAAGGAGAAAAGUCGAUUUGCGAUCGAAUUUGCAGUGGCAUAAAAGAUUUUUUCCAUCAAUGUUGUGCUUGUGCGACAGAUUGAAUUCUCCAAACAGUUAUCGCUUGACAUACAACUAGUUCUUGUGUAUUCAUCAU